GGACUGUGGACGGCAGUUUCGCUCGGUGUUUCGGUCGGAUCGGACGUGUACGGCGACGUGGUAGAAAACGGUAUCGAGGGCAGGUUCGCUACGCUGAGUUCCGACGAUUGGACGGUGUGUCCCCGCGGGCCUUAUACACACUCGCCGUCCGGAUCAUGGUGACACCGGACUGACGGCGUUGGCGUUGACCGCAAUCAGGAUUGGAUUGGAAACCACCAACCUGUGUGUGUGGGCAGUGAAGCGGUAAUCCCCGCGAGUGUUCAGGAUUUCUGGACCAGCAAAGGGAGAGAGUUACGGUUAUGACCGUGCGACAGGCUCGUGAGUGAUUGUUGGACCCAAGCGCGCGGAUUUGGUUCGCCAUCGAUGAUUGGCCGUGAUUGCGCUGGGAUCCGCCGGAAGUGGGUCAACCGGUGUACUGACCUGCGGUGAGGUCCAAGCUCGAAAGGGGGUCCUAGAGGGAGUGCGUUGCAGCGGCUGGAAAGGAAGCUGAUCCAAUCACGAGUCAAAACUGUAAUCAAUGCGACGAAUUUUAAAAAUGAUUACAUUUAGUGAAAUGUCGAAUAUUCACAUCGAGUUACGCCAAUGAUAGCUUACAUUUCCAGAACCCAAAAAUUCAACAUCCAAAUUCAAUGGCACGUUUACCCUCAUCGAACUCGAAUACCGAUCGCUGGACUUUAUCGCAAUGAAAUAGCCACCCUCUCGAACGAUAAUUGAUUGCGAUAAACGGGCCUGUUUAUGCAGCUCCCCUCCUCCCAUCCAUCCAGUCAGUGUGUAUGUUUGUGCCAAUUACGGAUCGACGAAAUUGAACGGAUAAUUUAAAUGAAAAACAUCGAAAUCCGACUACCAUCAAAGGCCCUCAAAAAGGGAGGAGUGCGAUCAGGCUGGGGAAAAAAUCGGCGUUGUUUGAAUAGUACUUUCCGCGCAAAAUGAAACUUCACGUGGAAUGAAAUUUAUUCGAGAGGAGGAAAAAAAAACUCGGGUAAACGCGCGAAAAAACUGUAUCAAAUUUCACUAUUGCAGAAAAAAAACUCCGCCCGACUGGCAGCACUGCACAAAGCGAAACUCGACGUCGCGAAAAGGUUAAUUAAAAGUGCCGAAGUUCGGGACGGGAUGACGCUCGAAGCUUGCCAAAGGGGUGUUUAUAGCUUCGAUAGCAGCAUGCUUCCGUCAAAAGUUCAACAACGGCAGCAGAGCAGGGGCCGGUGGCAGGACCGAAACUUGACACUGACGACCUGGCUGCUGAUUGGGGUGUGCGCCGUUAUUCCAGUGAUAGAUGCCCUGCGGGACGUACAGGUUACAGUGCCCCAGGCCGUCCGGAGGGGGGACAACGCGAUGCUGUACUGCCACUACGACAUGGACGGCGAGAACCUGUAUUCAGUCAAGUGGUACAAGGGCCGGCGGGAGUUUUACCGGUACACGCCGAAGGAGAACCCCGCGAUGAAAGUGUUUCCGGUGGCGGGCGUCAUCGUUAAGCGCGUGGCCUCCAACGAGAGCCAGCUGAUGCUGGUCGGGCUGAAUGUGGCCUCGUCGGGCAAGUACAGCUGCGAGGUGUCCGCGGACGCGCCCUCCUUCCACACCAUGAUUGUGACAGGUGAUUUGGAAGUCUGCGAGGUUCCCAAACACGGGCCUAUGAUACACGGCAUUCGGCCCCGGUACCGGGCCGGGGAUAUUGUCCGAGGCAACUGCAGUUCGGCGCACUCGCGGCCGGCGGCCAACCUGACGUGGUACAUCAACGAAGUACAGGCUAAUCCCUCACAUAUUCGCAUCCAUAAGCCGUUCCGAGAGCAUAAAACUGAUUUGGAAACUUCCGUCAUCGGGCUGCACUUUGUGGUGACCGCCCACCACUUCCUCGGCGGAAAGCUAAAGAUUCGCUGCACGGCCCGCAUCCACGAGAUUUACCUGCAGUCGUCGGAAAAAUCCAUCGAAGAGGAACGUCCCCGGGUCAUCUCGCAGGCAUCGUCCUCGUCGUCGUCGUCCUCGAACAGCAUCAACAUGAUCCAGAACAGCCCGUACGAUCAACUGCUGGACGACGAGCUGGACCGGAAGGACUUUAUGACACACUUGCACGGGGACAUGUCGUCGGCGUCCGGAAGUGCCCCGCCGGCCACGAGAUCGGUGCCAUCAAUCAGCUCAAUCCGGACCGGACUGCUGGCCACGGCAACAGGGCUGCUAAUAGUUUUUCAUCAUUUGCUCAAAUUUCGCACGAUUUCCAUAACAUGAUUCCGUGACGUGCAUUAGUGAUGUGAUCUCUGUCACUCUUCGUCUUCUCUUACUUUUAGCUCUUUCUGUUUCCAUUUUGUCUUUGUUUCCGGUCGCCUCAACUGUCUUUUAUCUUUUUCCCAUAGUUUUUUUUUUGUUGUCUUCUGAGAAGCUAAAAAUCCCCACAACAAGUCAGCCAGCAGCAGCGCGCGCGCGUGUCGGAAAAGCGGGAAAAACUUUUUCUUCAGAUGGACCACACUUUUCCGACUUUGUGGAAACAGAAAAGAAAAAAUGUUCACGCGCUACGAUGAGAAAGAAAGAAAAAAAAAAGCUCAUUCCAAGUGAGAGACAGAGGGAAAAGCUGAAAAGCAUCGUGAUGAAGGUGUUAAUGAUAGCGACGACGCUGAUUAAUGGUUGUCGGGGUCGGGAGUGAGCGUGCGAAACUGUGAAUGUGGAAUGUGUGUAUGCAUUGUGAAUGGAAUUAAAUUCAAUCAAUUCAGAGCACAACCGGACGAGAUAUUAAAAAAAUCAGAUGCACGCAGAUGGUCAAUGCACUAUAAAGUAAGAAAAUUCAACUAGAUAAAGUGUAAAUUUGGUAAAAACAAAACAAAUAAGUAUCGAUGCAAAAAAGGAAAAUAUGCAUUGUACGAAGGGUACUGUUGAUUACAAAUGAAUUAAGGGCAUAAUAUGUUCAAACAUUAAAGUAUAUUUUUGUACCACCAAAGAGAUAUUCGUCGUUGACCUAGUCGUUGCACAAAGUGAAUCAUAGUCGCCUUCACGUUAUUGUCGAAAAAUUGCCUUUGCACCACUUUAAUUGGUAUCGUUUAGAUUAUCCACAGUGAUAAAUGGGAUGCUUGACAAAAGAAAAAUGUCUCAUGAAACAAAAUAAGGAUUAGAUAAACUACUAAUAAUUUCAAUUUUCGAUGAUAUUUUUUUAGUUGUUCUGUACUAAUCAAAAAAUUAUUU